AUGCCUAGAAGGCCUCGCCCUGCUAGCAGGAAGCUCCCUCCAAGUGCGCCGGCCCAAAAGCUGAAGUCGGCCCUUGUAUCACCUCGCCCAACCCCAGGGUCUACCAAAACAAGCGGAAGGCGUCUAGAGGAAGGUGCCUACGAAUCGGAGAGCUCGGGGUCUCAGUCUGGGCUUGAAGAGGAGGAAAGCUCUGAAAAGGAAGACUCUGGAGGGGAACAAGAAGAAUUCGAUGCUGAUGCCGAACCCGACGUCCCACGCGUGGCCCAAUGGGUGGACGAGGAGGACCUAGAGGACAUCUCCGACGAAGAGUCCGAGAGUGAGAGCGGCGAAAGCGAAGAGGAGGUUGACGGCGACCGGUUGGAGGCAGACCUGAAGGCAUUGCCAUUUGGAGCCCUACGGAAAGCGCAGAAAGCUCUGUCCAGAGCACAGGCAUCCGAUGAUUCCGACGACCAAGAGUCCGAGGACCAGUCAGGACCAGAAGAGCAGCCCGCUUUUACUCGUGCAUCUGGGCUAGACAAGGGCAAGGAGCGCGAAGAACCUCGGCCAAGGAAGGAAGUUGCGAAGAGAAAGCACAAGCACGCGCCCGUGGAGAUGACCUCGAAACGGCCAGUAGGGCGCGCAAGAUUUGUAGCGGAGGAGAAAGUGGUACCUCGCGACCCACGGUUCCUGCAUAUAACAGGCGAAUUUGACCCCAAGAGGUUCCACUCUCAAUACGGCUUCCUGUCAGAUAUGCACGCACAAGAAAUGAAAACGCUGCGAGAGAACCUGAAACGCGCGCGCAAGUUGCUCACCAAUUCUCCGCGCGAUCUCCGGGAGGAGCGUGAAGCAGAAGUGGAACGGCUGGAACGUGCGGUCAAGCGAGCGGAGAGUGCCGUCAACAGGGAUCGGCAAGACAAGGUCCAGUUCGAGGCGCUCGGGAGGGCGAAGAAGGAAGAGCAAGGCAAGCAAAAAGAGGGGAAGAAGGCAUGGCACAUGAAGGAUGCGGACAAGAGGGACUUGCUUUUGCGAGCCAAGUACGACGCCCUCGCAGCAUCUGGCGGGCGAAAGGCAGUGCGGAAGGCCAUAGAAAAGAAACAGAAGAAGGUUGGCCAAAAAGAAAAGAAGAAGAUACCUUUUGUCGGGGCGCCUCCGCCACGAAUGGCCGGCGGGGCAGGGGAGACUCGCAAGCGUUCUCGACCGAGUGGGGACGGUGGUCCCAGGAAGCGUCCCAGGUCUUCAUGA